GUGAUCCCAGAAGUUCCCAGAAGUCCCAGCAACAGAAGUUCCCAGAAGUCCCAGCAACAGGAGAACCAAGAGUCCCAGCAACAGGAGAACCAAGAGUCCCAGCAACAGAAGUUCCCAGAAGUCCCAGCAACAGAAGUUCCCAGAAGUCCCAGCAACAGAAGUUCCCAGAAGUCUCAGCAACAGAAGUCCCAGCAACAUGAAGCCCCAAGAGCCCCAGCAACAGAAGUUCCCAGAAGUCCCAGCAACAGGUGUUCCCAGAAGUCCCAGCAACAGAAGUUCCCAGAAGUCCCAGCAACAGAAGUUCCCAGAAGUCCCAGCAACAGAAGUUCCCAGAAGUCCCAGCAACAGGAAGACCCAAGAGCCCCAGCAACAGAAGUUCCCAGAAGUCCCAGCAAUAGGUGUCCCAGCACUCAGCAACAGGAGGACCAAGAGUCCCCGCAACAGAAGUUCCCAGAAGUCCCAGCAACAGGAAGCCCCAAGAGCCCCAGCAACAGAAGUUCCCAGAAGUCCCAGCAACAGAAGUUCCCAGAAGUCCCAGCAACAGAAGUUCCCAGAAGUCCCAGCAACAGAAGUUCCCAGAAGUCCCAGCAACAGGUGUUCCCAGAAGUCCCAGCAACAGGUGUUCCCAGAAGUCGCAGCAACAGGUGUUCCCAGAAGUCCCAGCAACAGGAGACCCAAGAGUCCAAGCAACAGUCCCUCCAAGAGUCCCAGCAACAGACGUUCCCAGAAGUCCUAGCAACAGAAGUUCCCAGAAGUCCCAGCAACAGGUGUCCCAGCAACAGGAGGCCCAAGAGUCCCAGCAACAGGAGGUCCCAAGAGCCCCAGCAACAGGAGGUCCCAAUAGUCUCAGCAACAGGAACCCCACAGCCCCAAGAAUAG